GCCUGUUCCAAGGGGACCAUGGUCCUUCACAGCUAUGGCAUGUUACUGCCCUGUGGCAUUGAUAAGUUCCAUGGUACAGAGUAUGUAUGCUGCCCCUCCCCUGGGGAACCCUCCCUGCCCGCCAUGCCCUCCCAGGAGGAGGAAGAGGAAGAUGAAGAGGAGGACGAAGAGGUGGAGGAGACAACACUGGACCAGGAUGAUCCUGUAGAGAAGGAGAGCGAGGCCCCCGCUGAUGAGCAGCCCACCACUCAGAAAGAGGAGGAGCCAUUGGAUGAGGAAGAUGAAGAUGAGGAAGAGUACCACUAUGUGUAUGAAGAUGAGGAGGCCGACAGAGAGGAAGAUGAGGAGGAGGAGAAGAAAGAGAGGGAUAGUGUUCCAGAGAGCCAGGAUGAAGACAAGACCCUGACAGAGGUCAAAGCGGUGUGUACCCUGGAGGCAGAGACCGGCCCCUGCCGUGCCUCCAUGGCCCGCUGGCACUUCGAUAUGACAACCAGGAAGUGCGUCCGCUUCGUGUACGGGGGCUGCGCUGGAAACCGCAACAACUUUGACUCUGAGGAUUACUGCAUGGCCGUGUGCAAACGCCUUAGUAAGUCGGGCUCACAGCGAGCCGCGCCAAACCGGCCGGCCAAACCACCACACCACCAGCCCUACACCAAACCACCACACCACCAGCCCUACACCAAACCACCACACCACCAGCCCUACACCACACCACCACACCACCAGCCCUACCACCAAACCACCACACCACCAAGCCCUACACCCACCCACCAACACCACCAGCCCUACACCAAACCACCACACACCAGCCCAUACACCAAAGCCACCACACCACCACCCUACAACCAAACCACCACACCACCAGCCCUACACCACACCACCAAACCACCAGCCCUACACCCACACCACGGGCACAACACCACCAGCAACUACCAAAAAACCAUCUACUCACCACUCACUCGACCACCCUAG